UGCGCGCUUUGUUGGGUUGGGUUGGUUUUGUUUUGUUGCCAUCCUCGUGGCUCGCCUCGCUAUAAAUCUCGACGCCUCCCUCCCUCCACAUGCUCCCUCGUGGCCGUCACAUUGCGGCUGCAAUUCCUGUGGGCUCAACGGGUUUUUAAUCAAUCAAAUUCCGUUAUCCCCCUCCCUCUCGCGUAAUAUAAGUAGGAGUAUCUCUCUUCGUCCCGGCACAAGGCUGCGAGAUCUUGCUACAAGAUUCCUCCCCGCGCAAGCACGAGCGCAGACCGGAGCGAGCAAGUGGUCGCCGAGAUUUGUAGGGUCUGGGAGGAGGAAUGUGGACCGGUUGUUUAUGCUAGGCGCGGGCGUUGGACACAAGAUCCUGCCUGCGUGAUUCUUUCUCUCCUUCUCGGUUUACCGGUGCUGUGGCGGGGGAAGGGAAAUUUAUUGCGGAAGAUCUCAACCCGCCGGGAUCAAGAAGGACGGACAGGCGGAUUAAGAAAUAGACAGCGGCAGGGGAGGAGGAGGAGGAGGAGGAGGAGGAGGUGGGGCUGUGUCAGCUUUGUGCUUUGUGGGUGUCCGCCCCUCCCCGCCAUUGUUUACUCCCCCUGAGGCGCUUGUGCUCCUCGCCGCCCGCAACACCGCCCCGCAUAAGUAGGGUGGAGUGUGCCUCCCUCAAGGACCGAUCCUGCCGCUGCCGCUAUUGUUUCCGUUGUACGGGCGCCGGGCCGGGCACGUUGCCAUAUUCCGUCUCCCUCCCGCCGCCCCCCUCCCCGCCCCACCGGCCUACCCAAGUUGCUUCUGUUCCUUGUACUUGCUGUUUCUUUGCCGUCUGGACUCUGGAGCCGUUGAUGUUCCUUCCCCGGACAAGUAGUAUGAUGGGUUAGCAUAGCACACAAGUCGUCUUCUUCUUCCUCCUCCUGCGGUGGUGGUCUGCUCUGCUCUGCUCUGUGUGUGAGCGCAUUGUUGGCCUGGGGGAGUGAGAAGCUGCAUAUUUUGUUCGUGCUUUGAACCUCUGCUUCUGUCAAGAUGAAGUUCAUGAAGCUUGGAUCGAACCCGGACACCUUUCAGGACGAUGGGAGCGAAGUCAGAAUUGUGGAAACUGAAUUGGUGAGUGAUAUCACUGUUCGUCUAGGGAACACAAAGUUUUACCUUCACAAGUUUCCACUUCUAUCCAAGUGUGCUCGCUUUCAGAAGUUGAUCCCAACUACUGGUGAUGAAAAUAUCGAUAUCCACAUCCAUGACAUUCCUGGUGGCCCAAAGGCUUUUGAGAUAUGUGCCAAGUUCUGCUAUGGCAUGGUUGUCACACUCAAUGCGUAUAAUGUCGUUGCUGCCCGCUGCGCUGCGGAGUACUUGGAGAUGAAUGAAACUGUCGACAAGGGUAAUCUGAUCUACAAGAUUGAUGUCUUCCUCAGCUCAAGCAUAUUCAGGAGUUGGAAAGAUUCCAUUAUUGUCCUUGGGACAACAAAAGCUCAUUUACCAUGGUCAGAGGAUCUUAAGCUGGUUAGCCACUGCAUUGAUUCUAUUGCUUCAAAAGCCAAUGUUGACACCUCCAAGGUUGAAUGGUCAUACACGUACAAUCGCAAGAAGCUCUCAGCUGAGAAUGACCUUGAUAUGCAAUGGAAUGGAGUCAAGAAGCAGCCGGCUGUGCCUAAGGAUUGGUGGGUCGAGGAUCUCACGGAUCUCGACAUCGAUUCCUACAAGCAAGUCAUAUCAGCUAUCAAAACAAUGGGCAUAGUGCCCAAGGACGCUGUUGGUGAGGCAAUCAAAGCCUACACAUACAAGAAGCUCCCCUCACUAAGCAAGGUUUCAAUGAUCCAUGGUGAUGGAAAGGUCCGAGCGAUGCUAGUUACCAUCACAUGCUUGUUACCAUCAGAGAAAGGCUCAAUCUCAUGCAGCUUCCUGCUAAAGCUACUGAGGGCAACCAAUCUGCUUAAAUGUGGAGAGAUGUGCAGGAAAGAGCUCGUGAAGAGAAUUGGACGGCAGCUGGAUGAAGCGUCCGUGUCUGAUCUUCUUAUUCCUACAGUCGAUGGGGAGACAACUGGUUAUGACAUUGACAUGAUCCUUAGUAUCGUCGAAGAGUAUGUGAGGCAAGAUAGCAAAAAUGCUCAGAAACAUAAUGCUGAGGUGAACGGUCACGUGCAAGCACCUAGUGCAUCUAUGAUCACAGUAGCAAAAAUCGUUGAUGGUUAUCUCACCGAGGUUGCAAAGGACCCAAAUACCCCUGUUUUGAAGUUCAUCAAUCUUGCUGAGGCAAUUUCAGGCAAUUCAAGGCCUUUCCAUGAUGGGAUAUAUCGCGCCAUUGACAUGUAUAUGAAGGAGCACCCAAGCCUAAGCAAGAGCGACAAGAAGAAGCUGUGCUGCCUCAUGGACUGCAAGAAGUUGUCGCCAGAAGCAUGCGCUCACGCCGUCCAGAACGAGCGCCUCCCUCUGAGAACCGUGGUUCAGGUGCUGUACCACGAGCAGACAAGGGCAUCCGCGGCGGCAACCGUCCGAGCUGACAGCAUCUGCAUCGGCUCCUACGAGAGCUCAAGGUCAGGCGCCACAACCAACACUGAAGACGAGUGGGAUGGAGUCAUAGCGGUGGAGGACCUCAGCCUUUCAUCAAAGACCACGAAGCUGGAGAAAUGCCACAGCGCCGAGAAGAGCCACGGCAGCAGCAAGAGCACCACCAACGGCAAGGCCAAGGGCGGCGCGACGCCGAAGAAGGUGCUGGGGAAGAUGCUGUCGAGCAAGGCGCUGACCGGGGAGCGAAGCAGCUCGGACUCGUCGGACAGCGCCAUCUUGCGGAGCCAGGACCAUCCCAAGAGGACUCCAUCCAGGAGCACCAAGCCGUCGGCUGCUGCCUAGCCCUCCCUGCAUCUCAUCAAAAGAGUGGUGCUGGGGUUUUAGCUGCUGCUGCUGCUGUCUCUUCUUCUUUAUGAAUGUUGCAUAGAAGCAAGAACUAAUGUUUUUUACAAGUCUGUAGGGAUGUUAUAAUGUCAGGUCUGCUUUUAGGGGGAUCUUGUUGUUUAGCAUGUAGGCUUUGCCAUGGAACCUGUGAGACCUUUGGUGCUACUGUGAGGUUUUAUGCCGUUCACUCACUCCUGGUAGUUAUAAGAAGCCUGAUGUGUUUGGACCUUAA